GUCGAUAUUCGUAUGUAAAAUCUUAAUAAGUGAAUUAUUAUAUAACACCAAAAUCUCGGUAUCCAUUUGCUUGAUCUCACCGACGGGUUGGCGCAGGCAGCAGCACAACCCCACAACCGAAAAUGCCUUCAACAAUAGUCCCAAAGGCCUUGGAGCCCGGUGCGACAAUAGCCUUCAUUUCACCCUCUGCUCGGAUCAAUCAUGAGUUCCCUGGUGUCAUGUCACGAGCGACUUCGUUGCUUGAAGGACGUGGUUAUAAAGUCCGUGAAAUCUAUAAUAGGGACACGGGAAUCCAAUCCUCCAUUUCUAAUCGCCUAGCCGAGGUACGGACCGCAUUUUCGGAUCCUACUAUCUCCGCCAUUAUCUGUACCAUCGGUGGACCGACGUUCACCGAGUUAAUACCAGCUUUAAGUGCUGACGCGGAGCUCCACAGCAUCAUCCGCGCCAAUCCCAAGAUAGUCGUGGGUUACUCCGAUAUAUCGGGUCUGCACUGGUUCUUGCAUGCAUACACAGGACUUCGCACCUUUUACGGGCCGGGAGCCAUUCCGGAGCUUGGCGAGUCCAGCUCUGUCGACGACAAAUCCAGUCCGCUUGCGUUCUCCGUCAAUCAUUUAUUCCGUGUCAUCACGAAUCGCGAACCUAUUGGAGAUAUCCCACGAUCUCCAACAUACACGGCAAAGGUCCCCACAAUUUUCCGUAACCCAGCUUCGGUAGAGCCACCAGAGCUCUCCCCUACUCCUGGCUGGAUAUGGUUGCGACCCGGUAAAGCGCAAGGACGGCUCUUCGGUGGUUGUCUAACCGUCAUAGCCCGUCUCGGAGGGGUCCGUGGUAUAGUUCCCGAUUGGAAAGGACGGAUAGUAUUUUUCGAGACGGCCAUAGGCGAUGAUGAGGAAUCCGGAAACCCACUUCCUCGAGUGCAGGCAGGUAUCGCCGAUCUCAUCGCGGAGGGCGUAUUCGAAGAAGCGGCGGGAUUGGUAGUGGGGCGACCAUUUGGAUAUGAUACCCCGGAGAUGAGAGAACAGUAUAUCGGAGUGAUCAAGGGGCUUCUAUGCGAGGGACGUUUGGCAAGCAAGAAUUUCCCGAUUUUGUUCAAUAUUGAUAUUGGGCAUACUUCGCCGAUGGUCACUUUACCAUUUGACGCAUUAGCUCAAUUAGAUUCUGAGAAAGAUCAGUUCUCUAUUUUAGAGCCAGGGGUGCUAUAAAGCAUUGCCAGUGCCGUCGGAUCUAUCCGAUUGAGGUCGUACAAACCAGUCAGUUAAGCACCUACUCAGGGUUGUAUGAGCAAAUCAAUCCCUAUAUCAAUCAAUUGAGAGUAAACCUAUGACUUACAAAUAUAAAUAUAUCGAAUUUCUAUUUAUUAAGGCAUACGUGUUUACAGGACGACUUAUCGGCGAUAAUUCCUAAGAGUGGGUGUCGCGGACAAUGGAAAGUAGAAUAUGUCCGAGCACUCAGGGGUCAAGAAUGCGGCGCGGAUGCACCAAAACCCAAGUGAAUAAUGCUAUCCUAGU